AGAUGAACGUCCGUGUGACGACGAUGGACGCGGAGCUGGAGUUCGCGAUCCAGCAGACGACGACUGGCAAACAACUGUUUGACCAGGUCGUCAAGACCAUCGGCCUGAGAGAGGUGUGGUUCUUCGGUCUCCAGUACACCGAUUCUAAAGGAGACCUCACCUGGAUCAAACUCUACAAAAAGGUGAUGCAACAAGACGUAAAGAAAGAAAACCCACUGCAGUUCAAGUUCCGCGCCAAAUUCUACCCCGAAGACGUCGCGGACGAACUUAUUCAGGAGAUCACACUCAAACUGUUCUACCUCCAGGUAAAGAACGCGAUCCUAUCGGACGAAAUAUACUGCCCGCCUGAGACGUCAGUACUGCUGGCGUCGUACGCAGUGCAGGCGCGGCACGGGGACCACAACCCCGCCGUGCACGGCCCCGGCUUCCUCGCCAACGACCGCCUGCUGCCGCAGCGAGUCACCGACCAGCAUAAGAUGUCCCGCGAGGAGUGGGAGCAAAGCAUCACGAACUGGUGGCAGGAGCACCGCGGCAUGUUGCGCGAGGACGCCAUGAUGGAAUACCUGAAGAUUGCACAGGACCUGGAGAUGUAUGGAGUCAACUACUUCGAGAUCCGCAACAAGAAGAACACGGAGCUGUGGCUCGGUGUUGACGCGCUCGGACUCAACAUUUACGAAAAGGAUGACAAACUUACGCCCAAAAUCGGUUUCCCUUGGUCAGAAAUCCGUAACAUAUCAUUCAACGACCGCAAGUUCAUAAUUAAGCCGAUCGACAAGAAGGCGCCAGACUUCGUGUUCUUUGCUCCGCGCGUGCGCGUCAACAAGCGCAUCCUGGCGCUGUGCAUGGGCAACCACGAGCUCUACAUGCGCCGGCGCAAGCCCGACACCAUCGACGUGCAGCAGAUGAAGGCGCAGGCCAGGGAGGAGAAGCUGGCCAAGCAGGCGCAGAGAGAAAAGCUCCAGUUGGAGAUCGCAGCCCGUGAGCGCGCAGAGAAGAAACAACAAGAAUACGAGGACAGACUGCGGCAAAUGCAGGAGGAGAUGGAACGCUCACAAGCCAACUUGUUGGAGGCGCAGGACAUGAUCCGACGCCUCGAGGAACAGCUCCGCCAACUGCAGGCCGCCAAGGAAGAGCUCGAGCAGCGCCAGAACGAGCUGCAAGCCAUGAUGCAACGCCUGGAGGAGACUAAGAACAUGGAAGCAGCGGAGCGUCAGAAGUUGGAAGACGAGAUCCGCGCCAAGCAGGAGGAGGUGUCGCGCAUCCAGCAGGAGGUGGAGCUGAAGGACAGCGAGACGCGGCGCCUGCAGGAGGAGGUGGAGGACGCGCGCCGCAAGCAGGACGAGGCCGCCGCCGCGCUGCUGGCCGCCACCACGCCGCAGCACCACCACCUCGACGAGCGCCCCGACACCGACCACGACAACGCCUCCGACGCCGGCUCCGAGAGCGGCGGCGGCGACCUGGCGCGCGGGCCCGACGACCUCGUCGACCCCGUCGCCGACCGCCGCACGCUGGCCGAGCGGAACGAGCGUCUGCACAACCAGCUCAAGGCUCUAAAGCAAGACUUGGCGCAGUCCCGCGACGAAACCAAGGAGACCGCGAUGGACAAGAUUCACCGCGAGAACGUCCGCCAGGGACGUGACAAAUACAAGACUCUGCGCGAGAUCCGCAAGGGCAACACCAAGAGACGCGUCGACCAGUUCGAGAACAUGUAG